GACGGCGACGACGACGGCGAGGAGCGCACGGCGAGUAGACGAGAACAGCCCUCUCUCGUUGCUACCACCACCGACACCGCCCUCGCGUCUCCACGCCGCGGCAUCGGGCGCGGCGGAAACGCGCCGUCGCGACGCCGCCUCGCGAGUACGCACGCGCCACGACGCCGGAGGUGGCCUCCUGGUCGCCGCAUGUAACAAAAAAAAAAGAUGGAAGCGUCGAUUGAAUCGAAAAGCCCCGCGGGAUUUUCGCCGGCGAUGCGUGGGGCUGUCCUGGAAAUCCUGGAGGAAUGCACGGACUCAUUGGCCGUUUACCAGAACAUCUUACGACAACAAUCGACGACGAGGAACGACGCCACUAAUAUUUUCCCCAAUGUUGAGAUUUCGGAAACGUCUAUUCUGCAAACGCUCAUCGGAGGCGCCGCGGAGAUGACGGAUUCACGGAGGGAAGCUGCGCGUGAAAAGCUGCGUCGAGACAGUUUAUACGUGAGCAAUAUAAUACGAGACUUGAAGCGGGAAAUUAGCGAACAUGGAACAAUCGACGUGUUAAUUAAAGAAAUCGAAAAGAUUACGUCCCAGGAAGGACAGGAGCAUCAUUUAAUAGAAAAGAACGAGAGGAUGCAGAGGAUCGUGGCGGAGUUACGAAAAUCAAUUGCCGAUAGAAAAACAGCGAAUGAGAAGGAGAAGGAGCGUUUAACGAAGAAGCUCACUUUGACACGGGACGAGAAGGAGAGGCUGAAACUAAUUAAGGACGUGGAGAUGAAAUAUGUCCGAGUGUGGGAAGCGGCACGUCGGGAGCAGUACGUACUGCGUUACGAGUCGGAGAUGGACGAAUUGAAAAAGACUUUGAACGAUCAUUGCGUGCGCGAGAGAAACGAAAGUCACGUGAAUGAUGUAUUGACGCGUUAUCUGACGCGGCGUAUAGCGCUCGUCGAGAAUCGGAUCGAGCAAUGGCGGCAGAGGUACGAUCGGGAGAAGGAAAUGUAUGAGAAGGAGAUCCGCAAAGUACGCGAUGAGAUCGAAGACGCUCGGAAAUACUUGGAGGAGCUUACAACGGAGUAUCGCGAUAACCAGGAAUUCAUCGACACGUACCUCGCGGAGCAGGAGGCGCUCCGACGACAAAAGGAGCACGAGGAUCAUGUGCAGCGCAGCGCAAUCAAGAUGCAAGCCUGGUGGCGGGGCGUCAUGGUGCGCCGGAAGCUGGGGCCGUAUCGACCUGAGGAAAAAAAGAAAAAGAGGCCUGUUAAAACAAAGAAAUAAAACUCCCUCUUCCCUUACUCGAUCGCGUUACUCUUAAAACAUUAUAUACUGCGUCGACUUUGAAUUCCUUCGAAUUUGACCCGGCGAACGACUAUUAAUCUAUCAGCGAUCUAACUGAGAGACCACAGCUGCUUAAUUGAUUUAUUACCGUGCCCCAGUAAUUUUCAUCUCGAAACGCGCGCGGCC